AUAAAAGCGGAAGGCGGCGGAGUGUACUGCGCACACAGACUCAAGCAGCAUCAGCCGAGAGGUAACUCCACAUCUCCUAAGCAGCAGCAGCCAUGUCAGAUCUCUGUGUUGGAAUCAAUGGUUUCGGUCGUAUUGGCCGCCUGGUCCUGAGGGCUUGCCUUCAGAAGGGCAUCAGAGUUGUAGCCAUCAAUGACCCCUUCAUUGACUUGAAGUACAUGGUCUACAUGUUCAAGUAUGACUCCACCCAUGGCCGUUACAGUGGUGAGGUCUCCCAAGAAGAUGACAAGCUCAUAGUCGACGGCAAUCCCAUCUCUGUGUUCCAGUGUAUGAAGCCAGCUGAGAUCCCCUGGGGAUCUGCUGGAGCUAAAUAUGUUGUCGAGUCCACUGGAGUCUUCCUCAGUGUUGAGAAGGCCUCUUCCCAUCUCCAGGGCGGUGCAAAGCGUGUGGUUGUGUCUGCCCCCUCACCUGACGCUCCAAUGUUUGUCAUGGGGGUUAAUGAAGACAAAUACGACCCCUCCUCCAUGACCAUUGUCAGUAAUGCCUCCUGUACCACCAACUGCCUGGCCCCCCUGGCCAAAGUCAUCCAUGAUAACUUUGGCAUUGAGGAGGCUCUCAUGACCACAGUUCAUGCAUACACAGCCACCCAGAAGACAGUGGAUGGUCCCAGUGCCAAGGCUUGGCGGGAUGGCCGUGGUGCCCACCAGAACAUCAUUCCAGCCUCCACUGGUGCUGCAAAGGCAGUGGGCAAAGUCAUCCCUGAACUCAAUGGUAAGCUGACAGGGAUGGCAUUCAGGGUGCCAGUGGCUGAUGUGUCAGUAGUGGACCUGACAUGCCGCCUCUCCAAGCCUGCAUCUUACAGUGAAAUUAAGGAAGCUGUCAAGAAUGCCGCACAUGGGACCAUGAAGGGAGUGCUGGGUUACACCGAAGACCAGGUGGUGUCCUCUGACUUUAUCGGUGACACCCACUCCUCCAUCUUUGAUGCUGGUGCUGGCAUCUCCCUCAACGACAACUUUGUCAAGCUCAUUUCCUGGUAUGAUAAUGAGUUUGGCUACAGCCACCGUGUUGCUGACCUGCUGCUGCACAUGCACUCCAAGGAGUAGGCGCUGCCUGUCCAGAAUGGAAGUCAGGAAAGGGACCACCCCAAGCAUCCUUUACCCCCUC